AUGUCGACCAUUCAAGACCCAUUAGACGGUAUCUCGGGUGAGCUUGCGAACCACAGGGAUGGGCUCAAGGCGACUCUCUUCAUCUUCAGCGCCAUCUCCUUUUACAACGUCGUUGAGCUCGUCGUGCUCGUGCUAUCGACCUUCCGGCGUUGGAGAGGCCUGUACUUCUGGAGCUUGCUCCUCUCCGGAUGCUUCGGAGUGAUCCCGUAUUCGCUGGGAUUCCUGCUCAAAUUCUUCACCUCCGCCAAUUCCACCUUAUCGGUCACGAUGCUCAGCGUCGGCUGGUGGACAAUGGUGACCGGGCAGGCAUUUGUACUCUAUUCACGCCUGCACCUUGUUCUUCGCGAUGAGCGUAUCCUGCGACGGGUGCUGAUAAUGAUUAUCGCGAACAUUUUCUUCCUGCAUAUCCCUACCACGGUCCUGACGUACGGAUCCAAUGUCGUCGAUCGAUCGCCUGUAUUCGUGCAAGGGUACAAUAUCAUGGAGAAGCUCCAGAUGACCGGCUUCACGAUACAGGAGGUGAUCAUCUCUGGCCUCUAUGUAUGGGAGACGGUCAAGCUGCUCCGACUGGGAUCGGACAAGGAUAAGCAGAGGAUCAUGCACCAGCUCGUGGGCAUCAAUAUAUUGAUCGUCCUGAUGGAUUUGGCCCUGUUGGGCCUCGAGUACGCCAGCUACUACGCCAUCCAGAUUACACUGAAAGGCGCGAUAUAUAGCCUCAAGUUGAAGCUGGAGUUUGCCGUCCUUGGCAGGCUCGUUGAUGUGAUACACGGACAUAGACGUCCCAUGAUAGGCAGAGAUGCCGUCCAUCUCUGUUCGCUGGAAUUCAAUACCGGCCCGAACAAUGGCGCUACUCAGCCAGGUAUGAACGGGGAUUUCAACGUAUGUGAGAUUUCGUCGAUUAACGUCGAGGCCGAGAAGAUCAAGAGGGCAACCACUGGGGGUUUCAAUGGGCAAAUCCCAGAUGGCAAGAUCCUGGCAAUGACCGAAUUUUCAACAUGGGUUGAGCAGCGGUCCCGCGACGAUGGUAGCCGAAGGAUGACUUGA